UCUCUCCAUAUUGUUCCGAACACCCUCCAGCUCUUUGAAUAUGACUCUAUCACCUGUGACUGUGUGGGAGUUGAUCAUGGAGUGGAGUGGAGAGUGAUGAGGAAGAUCUUGGGAGUUGAAAGAACCAUCUGUGGUACCGACUGGGAGACAUCAGUCGGACGCUGCAGUAUUGAACAUGCAUAUGAAGCAGACAGUGGUGAAUACUGGUGUGAGAGCAACGGAACAACGAGGAGCAACUCUGUCAAAAUCACCGUCACUGCCGGCUCUGUGAUCCUGAAGAGUCCGGCUGUUCCUGUGACUGAGGGAGAAGACGUCACUCUCACCUGCAUAACAAAGAAUGACUCAUUAGUCCAUUUAGCUGAGUUUUAUAAAGAUGGCCGACCGAAAGAUACCGGCUAUAAUGGAAACAUCAUGAUCCGUAAUGUCUCAAAGGCUGAUGAAGGACUCUACAAGUGUGCCAUCUAUGAAGUUGGAGAAUCCCCCGAGAGCUGGUUGGCGGUCAGAGAACCUCACGAGGAGACACAUCCUCCCCCCCAUUGGUCCUCUAAUGUCCUCAUCAUGUGGGCUUUGUGUUUGGCGGCGGUGCUGCUGCUGCUGCUGCCGGCAGUGAUAGUGGUGGGACUCUGUCUUUGUCUGAAACACAGAGUCUCUGAAGCGACCGGUGCUGCACAGCCAAACGGGGAAGCGUAUUCUCUCCUUGCAACGUACAGAACUUCAGAAGAAGCAGAUGAAUUCAGCGACUCAGCGGCCUCAGACUCUGAACAACAAUACACAAAUGAAUACAUCUUAUCCAGUGCAGUCGACGAGGAAGAGGAGGCUCUUAUCUGCAUCUUCAGUCAGCUCUACUUCAGUGUGCUGAUCAGUGUGAAGGACGACGUGAUGGAGAUCACAUCCCUCUGCAUCAGACUGACGUUGACUUUUUCCUUUCUUCUGGUGGGACACGUUCACCUUAAUGAUUCACAGGAAAAUGUUUUCGCUGAGAUAGUCCCGACCAAGCUGCAGCUUUUCGAGUACAAGUCCAUCUCUUUUACCUGUGAGGGUUUUCAAGUCCAGACUGGACUGAAGGUCAUGAGGACGGUAAAGGAUAAAGCAGGUCAAUGUGUGAGCACCUGGGAGACGAUGACACAGUCCAUCUGUGCCAUCAAGCCUGCUUAUAAGACCGACAGUGGAAGGUACUGGUGUGAGAGUGAAGCAGGAGAGAGAAGCAACACCGUCAACAUCACCAUCACUGGCAGUGCUGUGAUUCUGGAGAGUCCUGUCCGUCCUGUGAAGGAGGGGGACACGGUGUCUCUGCGCUGCAGGAGUAAAGAGACCUCUUUUGCACACGUGGCAGAUUUCUAUAAAGACGGUGUCCACAUCGGCACCGGAUCCACGGGGGAGACUUCAAUCCGGAGUGUUUCUAAAUCUCAUGAAGGACUUUACAGGUGCAGCAUCUCUGACUUUGGAGAAUCACCGCAGAGCUGGCUGGCUGUCAGAGCGCUCCCCGGUGGGCCUCUACCCCCCUCAGAUCACUCCUGUCACACCUACCUGGUCCUCAGAACGGUUUUCACUGUUUUAAUGGUGGCUCUCCUGCUGGUGCUGGUCUCACUGCUUCACUUUGGAAAACUCAAAGUCACUCAGAAGAUUGUCUGCAUUUGUAAAGUUUGUAAAGGGAGCUGCCAAACUACAGAAAACAAAGACGUUAGUGACAAAGAGCAGUGAGUGAAGAGUUACAUACCGCUGGGAUCACACAGGACUGGAUUUACCAACACUGAAGACCUUCAGUGUUUCUGUCAGACGCUUCUGUCUCUCCUUUUUAUUUAAGGUGAUUUAAAAGUGAAGACAGGCAGAGUCACAUGCAGAAUGUGGGUUUAAAGGAUGUGUGAAAUAUGUGCUCUGCAUCAUGGUCAGUGUUUCAUUUUAGACUCUACAUGUGCUGAUGAUAAUUUCAGGGUCUGAGGUAAUGACCACAGAACUGACUGACAGACAGACGCAGAGGGUCUCUGUUUAUAACAGACUGAACAAAAAGGUCUUUCUAAGUGAAUGCAUGUCUCUUAUUGUUUCUCUGCAUGGUGUUUCCUUUAAAGAU